GCAAACGUAUUUUGCUAUUUUGACACGAAAAAUCCGAGAAUUCAUUACAAUAUUUCCUAUUAAAGUAUUUUCUGCACGAAUUUUCGUCCACCAGAUGUCACGACAUAAUCUCCUAGGUGACCAAAUAGUUUGUCUGUCGAUUGCAAAUGGCGCAGGAGAUAUGCCGGGAUUUUGUUGCGUCCCAGGAUGUACGAAUCGCGGACGUCCCUACUCGUUUCACAAAUUUCCAAAGGAACCGUCUCUACUGGGAAAAUGGAUUGAAGCUAUAAGAAGAGAUCCCGGACCUUAUUUUACAAUAACCGAAUAUACUCGUGUUUGCUCUGCACAUUUUACCUCAGACGAUUACAGAGAUACACUCUUGGGUGAAAGAGCAAGGUUAAAAACAAAUGCUGUGCCAUCUGUAUUCAAUUGGGGUGUAAAAGAUAUUAGAAGAGGACGUGGUCAUCGUAAUUCAAGGACAAGAAAAAUUGAAAGGCCAGUCUCUGGUGACGAAUUCAAUCAGAUAAAAUCCGAAGAUCUGACAGCAAUAAAUAAAAUAUCACCUUAUAGACAAUCAAAAGCUGUAGAAAAAUUUUCUAGAUUCAUGAUAGGAAAUGCUUCAAGUGAGAAACUGUUAGAAGAAGCACUUAGGCUCAAAAGAGUUGUUCACGACACAAAAGUGGGCAAAUAUUCUUUCACAUCAGAGAAUUCAUCUCAUGAUAACAUAUUGUCGGAAAAUCUCCACGAACUACUAGUACCUGAAGUUAUUUUGGAAGAGAAGGAGACGGAAUUUAAUUUUAAAGAAAGAAUCAGGUGUGAAAAAGGCACACAGGCUGGAAGUAGUUUAGAUUUCAAAGACGUCGAAUGCCAAACAGAAAAUUUAUGUACUUGCCAACACGUUAAUGAUUGUUAAGUGUUUAUAAUAUCUAGAAAAUGCAUAUCAAUACAAUACCAGAGAAAGGUAAAUUUGAUAUUCUUUAAAAUAAUUUUCAUAUUGUAUAGAAAUAUUCAUUUUAUUAACACUAUACAGUUGGUCAAACCAAACUUAAAUAAGAAAAUAAAUAUUUAUUGAUUCACACUAAAAGAAGAGGACUAUCUUUCAGUUUUAACAGUUCUAUGUAUAUAUCUGAGACAUAGUCUCUUUUCUCACUCACUCUUUUUCAAAUUUCCAUUAGAUAGGAAUUAAGAAAACCAUCAGAUAUUCUGAUUGUGUAAACUUGCUUCUUCCAACUAUGUGACUUCACGAUUGGUGCAACAUUUUAAAUGCCUACUAAUAUUUGAUUGUAAAUAAUAUAUUGUAAUUUGUUAUUUGUAGUCCUUUACAAAGGAGGACUUAAGUCAUAUCUGUUCACUAAUUGUUGUCGAAGUUUGUUAGAAAAAUGGUGUAUUAUUCAACAUGGUAUUUUGCUUAAUGGCUGCCAAAUAAUGUUUCAGCUUGAUUUUAUUUUAGAUUUAUGGAGGCCAUAGGUAAAGCACUAAAUCAGGUAGCAAUAACACCAUUUAUAAUGUUUUCACUUAAGAGGAAACAAUAAACAAAUGUUAAAAACCUUGUAUUUUUGCUCAAUGGCUUGAAACUUUAAAACAUUUUAGAUAUUCAGAUGAAAUUGAAAUGUUAUUUUAUUACAGAAGUAUUUGAAAAAUAAAAAUAGUUAUCUGUACCACAAAUGAAUGUAAAUUUAAUCAAAUUCCUGUUUAAACAUACCUCCAAAAACCGAAGAGGCCACAUUUACACAUUUGAAUAUUUAUUAUCAUAGAAACAGUAGAAUUUGAUAGUUUUUUACAUUCACUUGCUAUACAAUCCACAGCUAUUGGGAUAGCAAUUUUCAGAAACAGUUUAAAUUAGACGUCUCUUAGUAUUGUGAUAAUUAUGUGAAGAUUAAAGAUUUUUUUUGUACGGUUGUUUAUUUUAUUAUUCAUGAAAUGUUAUGAAAAUGAGAGUAUUAAAUGUUUUGUUGGAUUCUUUUGGAGAUAUAAUUUCUGUUAACAUAGUGAUGUAUGUUUCAAAUAUUUUGUUUGAGUAAAGAAAAAUACAAAUUGUUGAUAAUAUUAGAAUAAACUUGUCCAGUUGAUUAAGGAGAGUGUUUGUUUUUUUGGAUACAUUGUUUUUGACUAUUUGUAUCUAAAUAUAUUUAAAAAGAUUGAGCAUUUCAAACUCUUGGGAAAAAAUGUUAAAUCUCUAAAAUAUGUAAUACAGGUUUUAUUACUGAUAUAUUUGCAAUGUUGCAGACUGGCAUAUCAAAAAUUUUAUUUGAGCAUCUCCCAGUCUUGUUAAAAUUGUUUUAGAUAAUCGGUUGUAUCAAAAAUAUUUU